UUAAACCUUAAUUGAAAAGUAUAGUAAAAUACACUAGUCAGCUUAUUAAAGGAACCAUUUAGUUCCUUCCCACUAUGGGGUAGUGGUAAAGGGGUGUACUGUUGUUAUAAUAAAACUGUUAUCACUAGAUUAGAAAAUCCUACGUAUGACUAACAGGUGAUUUCAGUUUCAUUUUAGUAUGCGAUCUGAAAGGUUUACACACCCUGCAACUAUUCUUGUCUUCAGAAGAAGAAAUAAAAGAUUACCAGACUAAAGUUUUUCUGGAAGGAAUUUUGCAGUAAAGAAGGCAUUCUAUAUUGGACAAGUAUUGUCAUCUGUAACAAAGAUCAUUGUGAAGCUGAAGAUGGAAUAAAGUUUUGAACACUGGACCUGGAUUAAGAGAUUUAGAAAACAAAAUUAAAAUUAGCCACUUUGGUUUUUAGCAUUCCAAUUUCAUAAUAUUUAUUCAUCUAAAUUUAUUUAGAGAGUAGAUACUAAAUUUCAGUAUUGUACCAAAGGAUGCACUAAAAUUGUUCUUGCAUUCUUUUCCUUUUUGUAAGAGAAAAGAGAUAGCCAAUAGCUAUUGUGAUUCAUAAUGAAAUAUACCAAGAAGAAUUUUAUAAUGUUAAUUAUUGGAUUUAUAAUCUAUAUAAUUGAUUUAAUUGUGGAUCUCUGGGUUUCUGUCAGAUUUUUCCAAGAAGAACAAAAUGUUUUUGGUGCUUUAACAAUAAGUUUUAUGCUGUUUGGAACACUUGUUGUCCAAUGUUUCAGUUAUUCUUGGUUUAAGGGUGACUUAAAGAAAUCUGGUCAAGAAAGUGAGAGUCCUUUACUCCUACUUCAUUGCUUGCAAGGAGGAAUUUUUAAAAGGUAUUGGUUUGCCUUGAAAAAGGGUUAUCAUGUGGCUUUUGAAUGCAGCAAAGAUGACACAUUCAGCAAUGACGACAAUGAAGUUAUAGAUAGAGUGACUGAUUUGAACUUGCUUAGGCUGUUUGAGACCUAUUUGGAAGGCUGCCCACAACUUGUUCUUCAGCUCUACAUCUUUCUGGAACAUGGUGAAACAAAUAUCAGUCAGAGUGCAGCCAUCCUGAUAGCUUUCUGUGCCAUUUCUUGGUCAACUCUUGAUUAUCAAGUAGCUUUAAGAAAAUCCUUGCCUGAUAAAAAUCUCUUCAGUGAAUGCUGUUCCAAGCUCUCAUAUCUUUGUUACAAGUUGUUGACAUUAUCAUCUUGGAUGCUGAGUAUUGUUUUUCUUUUAUUCUUAAAUGUUCAAAUUGCUUUAUUGCUGUUGGUUUUUUUUUGGUUGUUGGGUAUAUUGUGGGCAUGUAAAAUACAAACUCAGUUCUGUGCUUCCAAAAGUAUGGAAUACUUAUACAGAAUUGUUGCUGGAUUCAUUCUUAUCUUUACAUUUUUUAAUAUUAAGGGACUGCAUACUAAAUGUCCAAUGACUUGUUAUUAUAUUGUAAGAGUGCUAACCAUAGUGGGUAUCUUGAUUGUGUUCUGGUUUUUCCCACUUUCUGUUUUUAAUUUAGAGUAUUUUAUAAUUAUCACUAUCAUAAUAGUUCUUAGUCUUUUCUUUGGAAUUGUUUUUCUUAUUGUUUAUUAUGUAGCUUUGCACCCAAACAGUGAAGAAACAAAAUUUGAUGAAGUUGAUGGAAAUCUAGUUGAAAAAGACUAUAAAGUGAAAUAUCCCCUAAUGGAAUAA